UCCGCGCUUGCGCACUCGGCGACCUCCCGCCCGCACCAUGAAGGUACUCCGGCGGGCUUGGCGGCACCGGGUGGUGCUGGCCCUGAGCGGCCUGGCGUUUUGCAGCACCACGCUGUUGUAUUUGGCGCGCUGUGCAUCCGAGGGCGAGACGCCCGCAGCCGCCGGAGCCGCUCAGCCCCGCGCUAAGGCCUUCCUGGCGGUGCUAGUGGCUAGUGCGCCCCGCGCUGUGGAGCGUCGCAGCGUCGUGCGCAGCACGUGGCUGGCACAGGGGAGGCGCGGCGGCCCCAAGGACGUGUGGGCGCGCUUUGCUGUGGGCACCAGCGGCCUGGGCUCAGAGGAGCGGCGCACGCUGGAGCUCGAGCAAGCACAGCACGGGGACCUGUUGCUGCUGCCCUCCCUGCGCGACGCCUACGAGAACCUCACGGCCAAGGUCCUGGCCAUGUUGACUUGGCUGGACGAGCACGUAGACUUCGAGUUCGUGCUCAAGGCGGAUGACGACUCCUUUGCGCGCCUGGACGCCCUACUGGCAGAGCUACGCGCACGUGAGCCUGCACGCCGCCGUCGCCUCUACUGGGGCUUCUUUUCUGGGCGCGGGCGAGUCAAGCCCGGAGGUCGCUGGCGAGAAGCUGCCUGGCAACUCUGCGACUACUACCUGCCCUAUGCUCUGGGCGGUGGGUACAUCCUGUCAUCGGACCUGGUGCAUUACCUGCGCCUCAGCCGGGAAUACCUGCGUGCAUGGCACAGUGAAGAUGUAUCGCUGGGUGCUUGGCUGGCACCCGUGGAUGUGCAGCGGGAACACGACCCGCGCUUCGACACAGAGUACAAAUCACGGGGCUGCAGCAAUCAGUACCUGGUGACACACAAACAGAGCCCGGAGGACAUGCUGGAGAAGCAACAGAUGCUGCUUCAUGAGGGCCGAUUGUGCAAGCAAGAGGUGCAAUUGCGCCUCUCCUAUGUCUAUGAUUGGUCAGCACCACCCUCCCAGUGCUGCCAGCGCAAGGAGGGCAUUCCCUGAUGUCACUGCAUGUGCUAGGGCCUCUCCGGACCCAGGUCAAGCUGCCUGGACAGUCUCGCCAAUUGUCUGGGGUGAGCCUGGUUAAUACAAUUACUGUUGAGGCCUUGGGACCUCAGUUCAUUUACGGAUGGCCAGAGGCAGCUAACAACAUCUAGUCCGUUCCUUGGAGGGUAUGCUCAUUCGUGGUCUUGUGUAAGGCCUGCCCAGGGGCAUCUUGUAUGGGUUUGUACAUUGCAUCUGCACCCCACACACACCCCAGUGUAAUGCCACCUAUCAGCCGUCUGGGGUGUGAGGGCAGGGGGCCUUUGCCCUUGAUGAGUUUAUGGUACUGCAUUCCGUCCCUACUUACGAUGUGCAGCUCACUGCGCUUUUUCGCAGACUGUUGGAUUCAUCUGUGUAUUGCCAUCAAAGUGUUACUUGCCAAAAUUGUCAUUGUAUCGUUUGGACAAAGAUCCAUUCUGUUGUGUCUCCUGUUAUGUACAAGUCUGAGAUUUGACUUGAUUUUCAAGUCAGCUAGCUUAGAGAGUAUUUUGUCUCUGAAGAUAGUUUGGUAAAUGUAAUUCAGUUUCCUUGAAAACUAUUUAUAAAUAUUGUAAAUUUGUGUAGAUAAGAUUUUUAAGUUGAAAGCUUAACUUGUGUGGUGGUGCACAACUUUAAUCCCAGCACUCAGGAGGCAGAGGCAGUUAGGUCUCUGAGUUCAAGGCCAGCCUGCUCUGCGGAGAGAGUUCCAGGACAGUCAGGCCUA